AUGGUUGAAGAUGGAGGAGGUUCAGAGGUGAUAGUUGAAGCUGGAGGAGGUUCAGAGGUGAUGGUGGAAGAUGGAGGAGGCUCAAACGUGAUAGUUGAAUAUGGAGGAGGUUCAGAGGUGAUAGUCAAAGAUGGAGGAGGUUCAGAGGUGAUAGUUAAAGAUGGAGAAGGUUCAGAGGUAAUAGUUAAAGAUGGAGGAGGUUCAGACGUGAAAGGUAGAGAUGGAGUAGGUUCAGCGGUGAAAGUUAAAGAUGGAGGAGGUUCAGAGGUAAUAGUUAAAGAUGGAGGAGGUUCAGACGUGAUAGGUAGAGAUGGAGUAGGUUCAGCGGUGAAAGUUGACGCCGGAGGAGGUUCAGAGGUGAAAGUUGAAGAUGGAGUAGGUUCAGAGGUGAUGGUUGAAGAUGGAGGAGGUUCACAGGUGAUAGUUGAAGCUGGAGAAGGCUCACAGGCUAUAGUUUAA